AUGGAGACUACCAUCCAGUAUCCUGCUCGGACGCCGAACCUGGAAACCGAAAAGGCAUUCAGUACGGACUUUCCAGUAGAUCAUGUUAGAGGAGCUAUUCGGUCCAAUACCCAGUCAGAUAUCCGAACCAUCUCUGUAGAAGCGAUAGAGGACCCCGGCGAGUGGAGGCUUGAUGUCCAUGGCUUCUGCAUCUUGCAGGGCGAACCUCAUCUUGACCUGGAGAAAGUUUACACCGACAAAAGUGCACUUUCACCUGGGUACUGGUAUGAGAUCGAGGCCAUUUUACACAAGGCUUUUCCGCAGUACAGCAGGAUCGAAGCAUUUGAUUUCACAGCAAGAAAAAGAGAUCCCGACUUUCCAGAGCUGAUCAGAGCUUACCAUAACGCAUACGGACAACCAUCACCAGUUGCACACGUUGACUGGUCAUCAUCGGGGUCGCUGACAGUUCUGGACUGGUGUUUCCCUGGCAAUAAAGGGUUCUUCAAAGGCAGGGAUUUUGACAUGCUGAACGUCUGGCGUUUGAUAAGACAACCGACUGAUGAUUGACCACUUGCUCUCUGCGACUACACGACCAUUGAUCAAGAUAAUGACAUCCGACUCAAUGAUGCGAUACGACGGGAUCGUGUGGAAGAGAUGUGUAUCUUGCACCACAACAAAGCUCAUAAAUGGUACUACUUGAAGGAUCAAAAACCCACGGAUCUUUUGGUCUUUCGAAACGCUGCUAGCUCGAACCUGAAGCCUCGUGAGUAUAUGCUAAAUACAUCUGUCAUAUUUAAGAGCGCUAUGAAUGGUGCUGACUUGGUGAAAGGUGCUUUCCAUGCUGCAGUCCAUAACCCCAAGUCCACAGGGCCCCCACGAGAGAGCGUGGAAGUAAGAUUAGUGGCCUUCUACAAUGAUGGAACUUGAAUUUAGAAUAAAAUCAUUGGCCCAGAAUCAUACUUGUCUUGGUUUGCUGAUUGGUUCACGGGAAGUGUAUCUUGAGGUAAAGCAAAGAAUGAUUAAUUGCCUUGCAGAACGAAGUUGAGGGGAGCCAUCUAUACACACAUAAAAUAUGCAGAGGCCAGUCUUUAGCUUGCAAAUUCCUAUCUUGUGUAUAUGUUGGGCAUGAGUGGAGAAUAUCCAACACCUAGCGCCGAUCCUUCACUAGAACUCAACCUCGUCCCCCCUCCCCACCACCCCCUUCCCUCGAUUUCAUCUCUCAUGCUUAUCAACAGAUGCCGAUUCUUUGCCAUCUCUCCAAUCAGGAUCAGCUCCCCCGCCAGAUGACUCAUCUCCAGCUUGCUGCUCUGCCUUCACUUCCUCGAGAGCCAUUAGCUCAACCACCCCUGUCUUCCCAUCUCCAAUCUCUCCUCCAUUCAAUUGCUGUUGAUUGACGCGGGCGAGUUGUAUCUUGUAGAUGAGGGCUGAGGGAUGUGAGGCUUUCUGAGUGACUGUCUUGAGGGCGGAUGCCAGCCUGAGGUAAGACAUGCCUGGGGACCUUUUGGUGAUCAGACCAGCUUAGGUUGUAAGCUGGAUAGAGGUAGUGAGAUGAUGUAGAGUGCCUGGGGUUUUUGUUGAUGAUGUUGAAUAUUGGAGAUGGAAUGAAGUAGAAAGAAAGCAGGGACGGGAUCUUGUUGAUUUGUUGCUGAUUGUCAUGUGAUGUUAAGAGCUGUGCCGCCUUGGCUCAUUUAUCACAUAUGCUUCACAAACCUUGUUUCAAGGAUAGAAUUGCAACUAGUCAAAU